UCUACAUUACGUGAAUGUUGACAUAAUUGUUACUAAACGACGUAUGAAUUUUCAAACCAAUUAAUUUUUCUAAUUGCAUAUCUUAUUACCAUAAUAUUUAAUAUCCAUUUAGAAGUCUAACGUCUAUCCAAUUAACAACGGGUACACUGUGCACGUGAGUCUAUAAUAUUAUGUAGGAAAACCUAGAAAUGUCUGAAGCCCAGUAUUGGAUUAGUGGGAGACUUACAUUUAGUGAAGUAUCGUGUCGGAAUGGAAGCACACGGGGGUUUGACGCCUAGUAAUCUUUGGCAACGAGGUGAAUUGGCACGUCGUAUGAUGGGAGAGCGGCCGUCUCCGGUACCUCCUACUAGAGAGCUGUGGCCUGCUGCAUCUGUACAACAGCCGCUUAGCAUUAGCACUUUACAUAUAGCAUAUCUGAAAGAUGAAGAUUUAUCUCCGAGAAGAGCAUCGACAUUACCUCCUCAACCAUAUUCUCCUACAACGAUCCCCAUAGAACGUGACUACAAACCUGGAAUGUGCACUGUUGGGACAAAUACCGAGCCUCUUCCUUCGCUCUUCGUUAGACUCAAAAAAAUUAUAAAAGGUGAAGAGCGCGACUCGAACGUUUUUCCUCCGCCAAUAGAGUUUACUCCCAUUAAUAGGGAAAGUUCUUCGGAUUACGAUGAAUCACCAUUGGAGCGCGCGUUUAACGGAAUAAAGAAAGUAAUUACAGGAGCUAAGUACCGUAUAGCACCCCGGUCGGAUACUGCCGAAAGUCCAAAAAUAGUGUACGACACGUCCAAACCGGGCGAUAGAAUGGUUUCUACAUUUGGUGCUAGUGAAUCUAGAAAGUGGUUUAAGUUACCGUCUCGGGCAAGUUACGUUCGGCGGCUUCGAGCGGUUGUUGACUGUUGCCAACGAACACCCCGUCGCCCCCCACGGCGCAAUGUGCAACCGAAUACCUUGCAGAUCACACAGGUGUGACAACCAAAUAUUGGUGUAGAAAUUUAUUUAUAUAGAUUAUUUGAACUGUUCCAGAACGCCUAUCGUGCUAAGUGCCGUUUACUAGAACCAUCCAAGCUUAAAUAGCGUUUUGGCUAAUAAAAGUGUUUUCAGUAA